AACAAAAACUCUUUUGUGAAAUUUAUAAAAUCAUGUGAUCUUCACUUCAUUAAUAAUAACAGACCAAUAAUUUUGUAAAUGUUGUUUGGGAAGAAUUUUAAUUUUUUUUUAUUUAACUUAAAAAGUCCGACAUCUCCUGUCUUGAAAUGUUAAUUUGGAUUGGGAUAGUUUAGUUAAAAUUAUUUUUGAUUUCUAUAAGGAUGAAAUUAAUAUUUGGAAGUGUAAAAGUUUCUCUCAGAAUAUUUUUACUUACUCAGAAUCCUUUUAUUAUUCAUUCUAGUCAUUAGAAAUGUUUUUAAUUUUAGCAAUUUUGUUGUCUUUAUUUUAUACAUGGUAUUUUUAUAUGGUCCGGUUCAAUCGUAAUAAUUUUAUCAAAGCAAAUACUAAAGUACUUAUUGUAACAGCUCAUCCAGAUGAUGAAUGCAUGUUCUUUGCUCCAACAAUAUUAAAUUUAUUGAAGCAUGAUUGCUGUGUUUAUUUACUUUGCCUUUCAUCAGGUGGAUUUUGUGAUGAAAGUUCUAUAAGAAAACAAGAAUUGAGGGAAAGCUGCAAGACUCUUGGUAUUCCAGCUGGAAAUCUUGUUAUUAUUGAACAUAGUCAACUGCCAGAUAAUCCUCACAACAAAUGGAGCAGAUUGAAAGUUAGUUCUAUCAUUUUAAAGUAUAUCAGGCACUUGUCAGCUACUGUUGUCGUUUCAUUUGAUGAAUAUGGAAUAAGUGGUCAUCUAAAUCAUAUUGCAGUCUGUGAAGGAGUAAAAUAUCUGAAUCAGAAAGGUCAGUUGUCUCCAGAUUGUGAAGUAUUUUUAUUGAAGAGUGUUUUUCUACUCCAAAAAUACCUUGGUUUUCUACUUGUGCCUUUAUAUUAUUUUUGUGGAAAGUUUCAUUAUGUGUCAACUUUUCAUGAUGUAAAAACCAUAUGGAAAUCUAUGAAGGAACAUAAAUCACAGUUCGUAUGGUUCAGAAAACUGUACAUAGUAUUUUCACAGUAUGUCUAUAUAAAUACUUUUACUAAACUCUAGAAAAGCAUCUAAUUAUUAUUUUGAUAAAUAAAUGCACAUUUGUCUGUAUAUAACUGAAUAUAUUUAUU